GUAAGGGGUGAUGAUGCUGAUGACCCAACUACAUACCUCAUGACAUUUGGUGAUGGAGCUGCAAGAUAUUUGCCUCUUCCUACAAAACUUGUUUUGCAAAAGAAGAAGGCAAAAGAAGGCAGGUCUGGGGACGACGUAGAACAUUUUCCAGUGCCCUCAAGAAUUACUGUGAGGAGGAAAUCAGCUGUUGCUGUUAUAGAAAAUAAGGAGCUUGAAGAAAUAUCUAGAAAACAUGAAAAAGCAGAUGAUCGAAAUUCAAAGCGGCAAAGAUCUUUUGAUGAUGAUGACGACAUGGAAAGACAGCAUAAAUAUAUGCAUACAGAUGGAGAUCAGUUCAGUGGGGAGGAUGACAUGUCCGAUUAAUAAAAAAGAAAAAGGAAGCAAUGCAUCAAUGUUACCUGACGCAAGAAACGUCGAACCGGCACAGAGAAUUAUCCAAAAUUCUCUGAUAUUUGAAGACAAUGCUGGAAUUAUACCAGCCAACAGCAGUAUAACUGCAUGGUGCGCCGGGCUGGUGGUAGUUUUUCCUC